AUGGAAGUUUAUCCUGAAGUUAGCGCAUUUGAUUUAGAUUAUACAGUAUGGCCGUGCUAUUGUGACACUCACUUAGUACCACCUUUUAAACCUGUGAAAAAUAGUAAUGGUGAGGUACAUACUGUAGUUGAUGCAAGAGGAUUUGAGUUGUCUUUUUAUAAAGAUAUUCCAAGAAUAAUUAUUGAUUUAAAAGAACAUGGCACUAAGAUAAUAUCUGCGUCGAGGACAUGGGCUCCCGAGAUCGCUAAAGAAUUAUUGGGUGAAUUUAAAGUAGAAUAUAAUGGAAAAUUAGUCACAUUAGGAGAAUUGUUUGACGCUAAAGAAUGGGGGGAGAGGAGUAAAAUUGGUCAUAUUGGAGAUGGGUUGAAGAAAAUAUAUGGAAAUAAUGAUUUAAGGAAAUAUAAUAUAUGUCUAUUUGAUGAUGAAGCCAGAAAUAAAGAUGUUGAAAAAUUUGGUGUCAAAUUCAUUUACGUAAGAGACCCAGAAAAUGGACCAAGUUGGAAACUAUACCAAGAUUAUAUUAACCAUGAAAUUUGA